AUGGCUUAUGAAGAUGACGAUGAGACACUUUUGAAUGAAGAGGAGUGGAAUUUAAGAGCAUGCAGUGCAAAAUUUAUUGGUAUUCUCGCUAAUGUAUUUGGAGAUGAAAUUCUUCUAACACUCAUGCCUCUUAUUGAGGCAAAACUAUCAAAAUUCGAUGAUGAGACUUGGAAAGAGAGGGAAGCUGCAGUGUUUGCUUUUGGAGCCAUUGCUGAAGGAUGCAAUAGUUUUUUUUACCCUCAUUUGAUUGUAGCAAUCCUUCGUCGUCUUUUAGAUGAUCAAUCUCCUCUCGUACGAAGGAUAACGUGUUGGACACUUUAUCAAUUUGGCACAUAUGUUUUUGAGGAAAGUAAUUUGGAGAAUAGUAAACUCUUUACAAAAGUUCUUCAUGGUUUUCGUUUCAAACUUUUGGAUUCGAACAUCUGGGUCCAGGAAGCUGCAUGUUUGGCUUUGACAACUUUUGAAGAGGAUGCUGGUGACAAAUUAGUACCACACCUGGAAAAAAUAUUACAACAGCUAAUGCGCGCUUUUGGAAAGUAUCAGAAGAGGAACUUAAAAGUUCUUCUUGAUGCUAUUAGAGCACUAGCAGAUUCAGUUGGAAUCAAUCUGAACAAGCGUGCUUAUAUUAAGAUUUUGAUUCCCCCACUGGUUUCAACGUUGGAACAAAUUUCCAAUUCAGAUAAAGAUGUAAUUCCAUUGCUGAAGUGCUUCACAUCCAUUUCUAAGGCUUUAGAAGUAGGAUUCGCUCCAUUUUCUUGGUAUGUUUUCGAGAGGUGCAUGGAUAUCCUUCAACUACAACAGCUAGCUAAGGUUGAUCAUGAUUUUGCCGGGGUUCAAUACGACCAAAAUAUCGUCGUUUGUUCUCUUGAAUUUUUUUCUGGACUUUCUAAAGGGCUUGUCAGUGGGAUAGAGUCUCUGGUUUCACAAAGUAAUCUAAGGGAUAUGCUUCUUAAGUGUUUCAUGGAUGAAACUCCAGAUGUUAGAGAAAGUGCUUUUGCCCUUAUUUGUCAUCUUACAAAAGUACUCCCGGAUUAUCUAGAACCCCGCCUGCUUGAGUUCCUCGAAAUCGCCAGCCAACAACUGAGUGCAAAUUUUAGCGGAGAAAACCUUUCUGCUGCGAAUAAUGCUUGUAAAGCAAUAGGAGAAUUAGCGGUCAAGUAUCCUCAAGAAGUCUCACCAAUUGUGACCAAUGUUGUCUAUUCAUUAGGCAUGAUUAUUCAACUCGGAGAGACACUAGAGUUGAAGAGUUUAACUACACUAGUUGAAUACAAUGCAAUUGAACUAGCUAUGAACAGUGCAAUUACCGUUGGGAUACUAGCACGGAUUCGUCCAGACCUCAGUGCACGAUCCAUUGAGAACUUCAUGAAGCCUUGGUGCAUGAGAUUGGCAACGUUAGAUGAUGACAGUACAAAAGAAAAUGCAUUUCAAGGGUUAUGUGAAAUGGUUAAGGUGAAUCCAUCAAGAUAUGUCAGCUCCGUUGCUUUCAUAUGCUUAGCGAUCGCAAGCUGGAAAGAUAUGGAAAACAAGGUCAUCCAAAGCGAAUUCUCCAAAGUGCUGAUAGGCUAUAAAAACAUGCUUGGAAAAAACUCAUGGGAAGAAUGUCUCUCUGUUUUGGAUCCUCUUGCUAAGGAAAGGCUUGCUGCGAGGUAUCAAGUGUGA